AAGUGAAGACUGUAUUAUCGUAUCGUGUCGUGUCCACGAGGUCUCCCUCCCCCCCCCUCCGUAAAUCUACGACGUUAUUUGAUUUCUCUGAUCUGCAGGGGCGCAUGAUACGGAUGGAUCCGGGAGUCUAGCCUCGAGAGGUAUCAAGGCAAGAAUUAGUUGGGAUUAAAGGUAGGGACACUUUUGGUUAGUCUACCCCAGCGCGGAAUAAGUAAUACCGGUAUAUUAGUGCCGUAGCAGUACCGGUGGUACAAAUACUCGAGUACGUGUAAAAAGUAAGGGUACCGUGCUCGAGUACAGUACCGGUACUUGUACUACUAACUACUGGUAUAGGUACUUCAAUGGGUGGUUGCCCUGUUUGCCCGGGGUUACGUGAGGGGGAGGAGGAAUGUAAAUUAGUCUAAGCGCCUGCUCUGGUUGGCUACUCGUGCGUUGCGGUCAAGAUGGCUGAUUAGGUAAGUGACACUACGGAGCUGGAAAGUAAUCUUCCCUUCCUCCGCAGUGCGACGAGGAGCUGGGGUGGAGGAGGAGUUGCAUACGAUCAGUUGACAUUCACUACCGCCGGUACUCGUCUGUAUCCCGAGGAGAGCUGGAAGAUCUUGCAGUAUCUUAUUCAGAUGUGAGAGGAUUCUGAUACUGCAAGCAACUACAUGCGUGGCUUUGCCCCUCAUUUUAUCAGGUUGGUCUAACCCUUCACAGGGACCACUUCCCCCGAGCCUCGAAUCCCGUCCGACCCCAGCUGCAAGUUCCAUUCCUAUGCGAGGGGACAAAGAACUCAUAUGAGAACUUCACUUUCAAAGACUACCCAUCCCGCGUCGGAGUCGACUUGUCCGCCCUCUGUAACGGGGAUCUGAGCCUCGACGACCAUGCAGCUUUCCUCCAAGAGUGGCUAUUCUUCGGCACGCUGGUGGAAGCCCUCGGCACGGCGGAUGUGAAAGUGGAUAUCGGAGAUUUCGUCGCGAAAUCCGGUGGCGAGUGGAUCGUCACGACGGAAAGGCUUCCAAAGUAUCUGUGGAUGUGGGUCGCGGCGGAAUGCGUGCCCGGCUGGGUCAUCGAUUCCGAGCACUUGCCGCGCGUGAAGGAGUGCCUUUCUUUGGUCAAUUCCACAGCGAACCAGCUCGCCAAGUUAUCCGUCGGCGCGGUGAGUGAGGAGGCUUGGAAUGCGGGCUUCGGCUAUCCACCCGGCCAUGCGGUGCUGCUUUCGGUGAUCCUGCUCGGGGAGCUGCUGGAUAAUGCGCUUGCUGGGGUAGUUUUUUCGCUCCCAAAGGUGAAGAUGCUCAGCUGGGAGUAUAGCAUGUUUGGGAAGUAUCUGUUGCAAAGGGCUGGGUGGUGUCUUGGGGAAUUGGACAUGUUGGGGGUUACUGAACCCGCGAUAUUAUUCUAUGUUAGUUCCUUCGACAGGCUUACACUGAAUAAGGACCACUCGAGGUGCUCUGAUAGGGUGUGUUUAGCAAACCAAAUUGACGAGAAGGUUUACCAAACAAAGCAUGUCACGGAAGCAUGCACAUGUGAGCAUAUAGUUGUCGAGGAGGAGGGCAACAGACCUGUCACUGAGGUCUUGUGUAGAGGCGGAAUCCCAAUUAUCUCCUACGACCGGGGGAAAGUCCUUGUGCAGAGCUCCGACUCAACACCCUAUGUAGCAAUGUCUCAUGUAUGGUCUGAUGGACUGGGCAAUCCGCACACCAACUCCUUACCAGAGUGCCAAUUUGGGCGCAUACAAAGGCUUGUGAACGCCCUCCAUCCGGACCACGACUCAGCAUCCCCGGUCCCGUUCUGGCUGGACACAGUGUGUGUCCCUCUCCACCUUGAGACCCGCAAAACUGCGAUUAGGAGGAUGGCCAAAACUUACGACUCUGCAGCCAAAGUUCUCGUCCUCGACGUCUCUCUAUCGGGCACAAGCGCGAGGGUGCCCGCCGACGAGCUACUGAUGCGAAUCCGCUGCACGCCCUGGACGCAGCGUCUCUGGACUCUCCAGGAGGGCAUGCUCGCCGAGGAGCUCUACUUCCAGUUCAGCGACAAGGCUAUCGUUGCGGAAUCGCUCCCCGAUAUCUGGUAUGAGGCCAACUCCCCGACAAAGCUGUGCACAAUGCAUUUUGGGCGACCGCACGUCGAUAACUCGCCGCUCGAGACUCGAGUUUUCCGAGCACUGGCGUCGGACGCGGAUGAGUUUGUCAAGGACGAGAUAGCUAUGGAAUCCGCCCUUGAGACGUUAUCGCGGUAUCCGGAUUGUCCAAAUAUGCUAGAUCACACACUUCUGUACCGGCUGGACACCAACCACUCUGCUUCUUUUCAUCCAGUGUAUUUCGCCGGGUGGACAAGUUUUCAAAAACUUCGCUAUCGCUUCGGUGCGGGUCAUUCGGCGCUACCGAGCGUUGCCGGUGCGCUUAGGGGUCGGCUUUCCAGUAGGAUGGAUGACGAGACAAUUUGCGUCGCUACACUGCUAGAUAUAGACCCUCUACACAUCCUUUCCGCAAAGAGCCAGACGGCAAGAAUGAAAGUGCUUAUCGAUAGCGUGGACAAGUUCCCCCCAAGCCUUAUAUUCACGGACGUUCCCAGAAUGGACUUGGAUGGGUAUCGUUGGGCGCCGGAAUCCUUCAUGGACAAGAAUGCGAAUUAUGCAGGCCUCUUACGUGCUGGCGAGUCGGGCCACCGCACCAAAGAGGGCCUGAUGGUAUCGAAUUACUUUUCCUAUACAUUCCCCGAAGACUGGGCGCUUCCGCACACAGGCUCGUUCGUGGUCAAAGGCUGGGAAUCCUAUUACCGGAUAACGCACGCUCAUGUGCUGACGAUGGAGGUGGCGAGGCCGGCGGUGAUACUCGAGCAACCCCCGGCUACGGUCUCGCGAGGGAUAGUGGUGGAUAUGUGGAGGGAGGAUGAUGGUGUGGUGAAGUUUGGAAGGCAUGUGGGGCACGUGAGUAUUGAAGUUUUGGGGGAGGAAUGGGCUGGGGAGGCGCUUUGUGAGGUUGUCAAGUGGCCGAUUUCGUACAAGUGGUGUGUUGGAUGA